AUGACUUCUACUGUUCUCGUUACUGGAGCUAGUGGCUUCCUAGGACGCGCUGUCUUCAACACCUUCCAGCACUCCGGCGUGCUGGUCGUUGGACAGGGAUUCUCCCGCGCUGCCCCGCCUACCAUCUUGAAGGCUGACCUCGAGAAGAAUGAAGAUAUUCAGACUCUAUUCGAUGAAGUAAAGCCUCAAAUUGUCAUCCACUGCGCCGCAAACAAGUCACCCGAUCUCUGCGAGAAGAACCCUGACCAGGCUCGCAAGGUCAAUGUCGAUGCCACACGCGCCUUGGCCAAAGAAUGCAAGAGCCGUGGUGCUUUCUUGAUCUACAUCUCAACCGACUACGUUUUUCCCGGCACCGAGGGUGAGGCACCCUAUGAGGCCGAUGCGCAGACCAAGCCCCCAAACAUCUACGGCCAAUUCAAGCUAGAUGGCGAGAAAGCAGUUCUGGAAGAAACCGGCGACUCGGGUCUCGGUGUGGUACUGCGCGUGCCAGUGCUGUACGGCAGCGCCAAGGAGAACUCCGAGAGCGCAGUGAACAUACUCGUUGAUGCCGUUAAGAAGGCCACUGAUGAGAAUGCCGCUGUGAAGAUGGACGAUUGGUCCCAGCGGUACCCCACAAAUACCGAGGACGUUGCUCGCGUGUGUCGGGACAUUGUCAUCAAGUACCUCAAGGAGAAAGAGAAGCGCAAGGAGUUGCCACGCAUUCUGCAGUUCACAUCUGAGGACCGUAUGACCAAGUAUGAGAUCUGCCAAAAGAUCGCUCAGGUGCUUGGUGUAGCGACCCCUGGUAUGAUCAAGCAGGGCAAUGACCCCAACGCUGCGGUGCAGAGGCCUUACGAUACCCACUUGUCAACCAAGGCAUUAUCUGACAUAGGGAUUGAUGUGCGGACAAUGGAUUUCAUCGCCUGGUGGCGCAGGGAAUUGGGUGCUUACCGGAAGUAA